AUCUGAUGUAGUUUUCCCUUUACUUAUAUAUAAUUUUUUUUUCCUAAUAAUGAUAGGAAUGAUUUCUUUCCCCCUGAUACUUUACCCAUUUCUCUUUCUGUCGUUUCUCUAACCUCUCUCAUUUGGGUUUUUUCUUUUAGAUUUUAUUUAGCAUUCUCUGUUUAGUUCUAGCUGGAAAGAAAAGGGUUUUUGUGAAAAGAGAGAGAAAUUUGAAGCACAGAUGAAGAUGAGCUUUUUAAUGGUGGAGAUAUGGCUUUUGGGUUCUCAGAUCUGAUGAAACAGAAGCUGUUUUGUACAAGUAGCUUAGACACUACAAAAUGUGUCUUGUUUUCUUGGUCUCUUCUUGAGUUUAUUCAUUUCAGCUCUGUUUUAACUCAAGUCUUCUGAAGAAUUUUCUGUUUGUUAGUUCUUUUUGGUCAAAAUUCUGUCUUCCUUUUGGGGUUUUGAGCAAUUUGGUGGUUUGUUUUUUGAUCGGUGGAAUCGAGAUCUGUUGAAAGGAAAAGAAGAGAAAAGAAAAUGUUGGCUGUUGGUAGUCCUUUUACAAGUGUUCGUACCAGCUCUAGUUGUAAUGCUUUGCUCAGAGAACUUCAGCAAAUAUGGAGUGACAUUGGCGAGAGUGAAGCUGAUAAAGACCGUAUGCUUCUGGAAUUGGAGAGGGAAUGCUUGGAAGUCUACCGGAGAAAGGUCGAGGAAGCUGCGAAUGCCAAGGCACGACUACAUCAAUCUGUUGCAUCGAAGGAGGCUGAGGUUGCAACAUUGAUGGCUUCUCUUGGCGAACUAAAUUCUCCGAGUCAAAUUGAGAAGAGGUCCAAAACAUUGAAAGAAAAGCUUGCUUCUGUCACUCCCCUAGUAGAAGAAUUGAAGACGAAGAAAGAGGAGCGUUUGAAACAAUUUGCAGAUAUAAAAGCCCAAAUUGAGAAGAUCAGUGUCGAAAUUUCAGGUUACAGCAACCAUGUUAAUGAUCACAUAAUCAUCAAUUCUUUAACCCUGGAAGAAACAGACCUGUCUUUGAGAAAGCUCAAUGAGUAUCAAACACGUCUUCGCACCCUGCAAAAGGAGAAGUCCGAUCGACUUCAUAAGGUUUUGGAGCAUAUUAGUGAGGUCCAUUCUCUCUGUGGUGUCCUUGGCUUGGAUUUCGGCCAGACUGUAAGUGAUGUGCAUCCGAGCUUAGAAAGGACGAGUAUCGAACAAGCUACAAAUAUCAGCAAUAGCACAUUGGAAGGCUUAGAACACACUAUUCUUACACUGAAAACAGAGAGGAAAACUCGAAUCCAAAAGUUGAAGGACAUUUUAAAAUCAUUAUAUGAACUUUGGAAUUUGAUGGACUCUUCACGUGAUGAAAAGAGUAAAUUUUCACGGAUUACUUCCAUCAUGCGUGUAUCUGAAACAGAGGUCACAGAACCGGGUCUUCUCUCCACAGAGACAAUUGAACAGGCGUCAGCAGAAGUGGAGAGGUUAACUAAACUAAAAGCAGGUCGAAUGAAACAACUCGUACUGAAAAGGAGGUCUGAGUUGGAGGAGAUUUGUAAAAUGACUCACAUUGAAGCUGAUCCUAGCACAGCUUCUGAGAAAUCAAAUGCAUUGAUAGAUUCAGGUCUAGUAGACCCGUCUGAACUCCUUGCAAACAUUGAAGUGCAAAUCGUCAAAGUAAAAGAAGAAGCCAGCAGCAGAAAAGACAUAAUGGACAGAGUAGACCGUUGGCUAUCAGCAUGUGAGGAAGAAAAUUGGCUUGAAGAGUACAAUAAAGACGAAAACCGUUACAAUGCAGGGAGAGGUUCACAUGUUAAUCUGAAACGUGCAGAGCGAGCGAGAGUGACUAUCAGCAAAAUCCCAGCUAUUGUUGAUAAUCUGAUACACAAAACUCUGGCCUGGGAAGAUGAAAAGAAGACUAUGUUUCUUUAUGAUGGGGCAAGAUUGGUGACAAUACUUGAAGAUUAUAAAUUAAGUAGACAGCAAAGAGAAGAGGAGAAGAGGAGACACAGGGAUCAAAAGAAACUUCAGGAUAUGCUCCUCACUGAGAAGGAAGCUAUGUACGGUUCUAAACCCAGUCCUCGGAAGAGCAACAGCUUUAGGAAGACUAAUGGAUAUCGUGCAAAUGGGAAUGGAUCGAUGACACCCACGCCUCGCCGAAACUCUGUUGGUGGAGCAACCCCAGAGCUUUUAACUCCUAGAUCUUAUUCCGGUCGCCAAAAUGGAUACUUCAAAGAAAUGAGGAGGUUGUCUACUGCACCAUUGAACUUUGUGGCCAUAUCCAAGGAGGAUACGAUGUCGUAUGCUUCGAUUUAUGGAUCUGAGCCAGGCUCUCCCCCCCAGAGUUAAAUCUUAAUGCUCUCUCAAUAUGAAAGGUCACAGCGGUCGCAACUUGGAUAUCUAUAUACAUGAACUAAUGCAGCAGCAGCAACUUUGUGAAUAGGAAACAAAUUGUAAACUAGUUUACAACUGUGAUUUGAUAGGACGACUUGGAGGACGGAUUGCAACUAACAGGUCGAGAAGGCAUAAAUGAUGUGGUUUUUAGUGUAUGGUAUAAAAUAGGUAGUGACGAUAACAGAUAAGUAGCUCAGAACAAUGCAUCUAAAAGUCUUGUAAUGUUGAAAUAGGAAUGAUUUGAUAUAGUAGGGAGUGCAACCACAAUGUUCAGUGGAUUUUGUUAGUGUUUCAUGUGUUGUGUAUAUAUUAUCUUUCUCAAACAAAACCAACCAUUUGAUUUUAGAUUCUUGAUAUUUUAAAGAUUCAUAUUUCAGGUGUUC